AUGGGAGAUGGUGUAAAGGAAUUAGUUAGAGUUCGGGCAGGGACUAACGGUGUCGCAAGUGUGUUCUUGAAGAGAGUCAAGAGGCGAGUGCACACACACUACUCACUAGAUUCCACCCAAUCUGACGCGGACGAUGUCGAAGCCUCGUGGCCCAUUCCGCCCUGCGAGCCAAUACCCGGCCGACCCAUAUGCACAAAGCCAGUCCAAGGGCGCUUCUCGGGGACGUCUGAACGGUCGAGCCGUGCGCACCGACGUGCUCCCUGGUCUCUUGAGCUCGAUGCGCUCGAAUCGCUUUCCGAGCCCCAGAAGAGUGCAAUUCUCAUCCUAGGAGAUCCCUCACCGCUGGCUCUGAAGCCUCUAUUGGGCAUCAAGUCGCUUGCAUCAUCCCUGUUAAUAGUAGCGUCGACCCGGCCAUCGCUCGAUAUCCCACAGAACGAACCCACGCCUGAAAUUCGGCUGCUCCCUAUUGAGGCUGAGAGCACACAGGAAGGAGCAGCUCGACUGGCAGACAUCAUGAAGUCAGCCGAAAAGCUCGCUCGUCAAUGGCGCCGGGACCUUGUAGACGCUGGACAGCCAUCGACUGGCACACUCACUCGUCCCCCAGCCCAACGCAGCAGGCUCUCGUUUGGCGGCGAUUCCCAGCUACUUACUCCCCCAGCCACUCCCCGCAUGCGUCCCACGUCCCGCCUUCCCAAGGGCCGAGAUCGCCAGAACUACAUUAACCAACAGCGUGCACUCGACAUGGUCAUCAAUUUCCUUCCGAAUUCAAACGCCAAGGGAAUCAUCAAAGAGGCAAUUCUCGUCACCACCAUCGUCAAGCCCUCGCUCUUUCCCCUCACCCCGCAGAAGCCCGGCUUGUUUUCCUCGGGUGUCACGGAACCUUCUCUCUCCCGUGUCCCAUCCGCUGCGGAUGUGCGCCUCAACUCGCGCUGGUCCCGUAUGUUCUCCGGCUCCCGAACAUCCCUGGUCAUCAGCAAUUCAAACCCCCGGUCUCAGUCACCCUCCUCGCUAGCACCGCCCAUGCCUGCAACACCCGCCCGCAUCAUUCACAUCCUCCCAUUCACUUACCUCCCUCCUCCCCAGGGUCCCUUUGCCCAUGCUCAUCUCAUCCGAAAACUCGAGGCCUUCUUGCUUGAUUUUUCCUAUUCGCCUGCUGCCAUGAAAUUGAACUCGAAUCCAAACAUGCCAAAGUCGUCAGAACGAUUGCGCCCAUUCUUGCUGAGCCGGACUGGCUUGACCGAGACCAUGCGCAUUAGGCGACAAGAGUACACUUUGGGCGAUCUCGUCAUUGGCGGCCUACUGGACUGCCGAGCCGAGUCCAACUCUCGUCCGGCCAGUGGAUACGCAGCAAGUGAGAUAUCAGACACGACCGAGUGGAUGACAGGGAGGGCAUGGCUCGGAGGUGUCGCUGAUAUUGUACUCCAGACCCCUGGCAGUUCGGCCUCAGGAACAACGGGCGUUGCACCAAGCCCGAGCUCGCUUUCAACUUCUGGCACCCAAUCGGCGCCUGUUUCCGCACCAUCCAGUCCCCAGACGACGGUUGUACCCGGCCCGCCACGCCCAGCACGUAGUGAUACACGUCGGACCCUUUCUCUUGGCACUGCCGAGCCUCGUCCGCAGGUCUCGGUUCCAGUCCCCGCGAUUACGAUCAACUCUAGCAAGCGAGACCAGCGCGCUUCGCUCCCUACGCCCCCAGAAUCGAGCGAUAGCGAGUCCCAUGCGAAUUAUACCGAGUACUGGAGGGAUCAUGAUAACCCAUCGGCGGGAACGACCGUGAGCUUGAACGACUGGGAGGGAUCGGUCCCUACACCCCCUACACCUGGGUCCCCGACCAAGGACUUGCCUGACCGUCGCAAGUCCAGCCCAUUGAGGAGUAGCACCGAGGCCACCGAGACCAAGAAGAAAUGGUGGAGUUGGGGUCGCGGGCGAAAGAUUAGUGCACACAUGUAA